CAUUUGAACUUGUAUAAAUAAAGAUGACCUGAGCUGGUCGGGACCAUCAGUUUGAAAGGUGGUCAGACUCUUCAUUCUUUGCUGAAUUCACAUAUCCGUCCUGCAGCCCAGAAACCCGCUGGAGCUCAACUCUGUGUCUUGACAGAGAACCUAAGCUGAGCUGAGCAAAGUGGCCUUGAUCUGAGUGAGUGACGUGGCACCAUGAAAAUAGCAGGGGUCUUUCUGCUCCUGUCUCUGACACUUCUCUGCUUUGUCUCAGGUGCCUUUGGUCAAGGAGGGAAGGAUACAUUAUUAAACCACAGUGGAUUAUUGGAAAUUCUGGACUCAAAUGAGAAGGAAUAUGUUCAAGCAUGGAUUAAUUGUGGUGAGUUCCAUAACCCCAAUGUCUUCUGUACUCGGGAAUCUGACCCACUCUGUGGCUCUGAUGGUCAGACAUAUGGAAAUAAAUGUGCCUUCUGCAAGGCAUUGGCGAAAAGUUCUGGGAAAAUCAACCUAAAGCAUCAUGGGAAAUGCUGACCGUGAGCUGGUGUUUUGCCAGCUUGCCAAUCCUCUCACCUUUAUUGUUUUGAUUUCUACUUUUACUUUUCUCUGGCAAAUCCCAUAAAUUCAAAAAAAAAUAAAACAACUUUUUCUCUGUGUGGGUCUUGUGUAGGUCAAUAUGUCUGUUUCCUUUAAUUUGUCAAUAAAGUAAAUUCUGCAGAAUUGA